AAAGUGCAACCGACCAUUCUUUUUACAGCUUAGCUCUAUGGCUCCCCACCACUUUCAUUCAACCUUUUCCCUCCCUUAAAAGCUUCCUUUUCUCCUUCAACUCUUUACACCAAUCAUCAUUCCUUCAAAAAAAAUGCUCAAAAAGAGAGCACCGAUUUUCCACAAGCUCUCGAACACGCUCAGAAUCUCCGUUCUUGUUUCCAAAAUGCGUAAACGCCGCCCGGUUAUUAAUCCCAGUCUUGUUUACAUCAAGAAAUCAAGAAACCUUAGAAGGUUUCGUCUGCUGAACAGCUACCAACAUUUUCUUGAUCAAGAUUACGGGUUCUCUCCUUCGCAUAUUGGCUGCGGUAAAAGGAUACAUUUCAAGAAACAAGCAAGCUAUUAUAAAGAUCGUGUGUGUUCUGUGUUGUUUAUGUGUGGGUGCUUGGGUGGUUUUAGAAGAGGGGGAGUGGCGUUGCCAUUGGAUAGAGGUGCUUCGUCAGCUAUUGUUCCUGCUCGGGAGUUUUUGCAGCCGGUGGAUUUGUGGGAUGAUGAUGAUGAGGAAGAAGAAGAGUCGGUUGAUGAGAGGGCUGAGAGGUUCAUUGAGAGAUUUUACCAACAGAUGAUAAUGCAGAGGCAGCAUUCUGUUUAAUGCUUCAUGCUGUUCAACUAUUCAUUUUUUUUUAAUUCUUUCCAAUCCACAUGAUAUUUUCGAACAAUGUGGUGACUUUUUUUUGUGUGAUUUCUCUUUUUCUUAUUUUUUAUGAUUUAAAUACGACCAUUAUUUUUUA